AUGGUCCUCAUUGUCAAUGCCUUUGGAACCCCGUACGAGAUAGGUUUCCAGCAUGGUCAGCAAGCAAAAGACCAGGUCCUUGGCUCAAUAUCUUACUACGGAUCCCUCUUUGAGUCAACAUGCGGCCUCGAUUGGCCGAGCGUACGAGAGGAAGCGACAAAGUAUCUCGACACACUCGAGAGGCUGUGCCCAGAGUACCUCGAGGAGAUUCGUGGCAUAGCAGAAGGUGCAGGAGUAACGCUACUCGACAUCGUUGCUCUGAACGUCCGAACCGAGAUCAACUUUGGUUUAUUCAGUGACGAACCGAAGCUUCCAAUCCAACUGGAUGGAUGCACUGCCUUGGCCAUUAAGAGUGGGCAUGGUCCGUCGUUUCUGAGCCAGAACUGGGAUUGGGUGACACGUCAGGGACAGAAUCUCAUUGUAUACACUGUUCAGCAACCAGACACGGAUAUCCCUCGCUUCACGGUAGUCACUGAGGCCGGAAUCAUCGGAAAGAUUGGCCUCAAUGAGAGCGGAGUCGGCGUGUGUCUGAAUGCAAUCAAGGCUCGUGGUGUUGACCACACAAAGUGGCCUGUUCAUCUUGCCUUACGAAAGGUCCUUGAAUCUUCCUCAAGACAGAGCGCUAUCGAUCAGCUGGUGUCAACUGGUCUUGCUGGAAGUGCGCACCUCCUGAUAGCUGACGAGUUUGGAGCGACUGGCCUUGAGUCUACGGCCAAGACCGUGGAACUCCUUCCAGCGGAUGGUCAAGGCGUUGUGAUUCACAGCAAUCAUCUACUUCUUGAUCAUGACGGGUCGGAAGAGCAUCUAUGGCUGCUGGACUCACCUCAAAGAUCUGAUCGAAUGCAGGAACUCGUCACCGAAGAGCUUUCAUCCAAAUCAGCGCUUACAGCAUCCGACAUAUUCAAGCUGUUCCAGGAUGAGGAGGGUUAUCCGAACGGGAUCAACAGGGACGCAGUCGGUGAUUCAAGCGCAGAGACGCUAUUCAACAUCAUCAUGAACCUGUCUGAGAGGACAGCAACGAUCGCAUUUGGACGGACAACAAACGUUGUGGAGCGUGUGCACGUUAGUUUCUAG